GGCCAUUAGGGAGUUGUUGCAAGAUGCAAUGGGCAAGAAACCUUUGAAUUUCCAAGGCUUCAUUGGUCUCCUCACGAAAGCCAGUAAGAUGGAAAGCGACUUCACGGAGCAGACCGCGACUUUCCAUUGCUUGAGCCCUGACGCUGUGUCGAGAAUGGAGCUGGCCAUAGCCACCUGUGAAGGAUCUGCACAUCCACUCCGCAGCGAAGCGAUCAAGGCCAAGCGCCGCAUCGUCGACUCGGAAGCACAGAAGAGGCGGAAAGAAGAAGAACAAAAGCGCAGGAGGAAGAAGCGAGAAGAAGAAAAAAAGGCCAGACGAAGGACAAAACCAAUGGAGCCUGUUCCAGAGCCCGACGAAACCCCUGAUCCAUUGACGCUGAGUCUCAUCAUCCAAGACAGCAGCGAUGGUUCAGAUAGUGGUCGGAGUCAGUCGGUAUCUCAGGCGUCUCGUGGUAGAACAGAUACAGGAGACACCGUGGGCACCGUGGGCACCGUGGGCACCGUGGGAACAGUCAACAGCAUGGGAAGUGUGGACUCUACCACCAUGACCAUGCAAGAGUUCGAUGAGAUACUCCGAAACAAUAGCAGAUUGAUGGUGACUUUGUGAGCUACAGCAGCUCCGGAUUUCUGUGAGAUGGUCAGCCAGUGCUUUCAAUAUUUGUUGACCAUUUGGAUCCAUUUGGAUCUCAUGUUUGAAGAUGUCCAAGUCUCACCAUGUGUCCGAUGUGUCACCCAAUUUUAAAGUGAGAGCUCAACUGGUGGCUUGGUGAAAAUGUCCAAGUGGCAGUUGGGCCCCUAGAGUUGGAGCUAGGACCGCUAGGAUCAAGGAUCCAACGUGCAAAAAUGUGC